AUGCUUCCACGCGUUUUCCGAUCCCACGUGAAAGCUCUUGCCAUCGCGACGGCCUUGUAUGGCUCUGUUGCUUUGGGUGCGCAGGAUGCCUCCACCGACAAGAUCGAUAUCUUGGACUAUGUCGAUCCCUUGAUCGGAACAGCCAAUGGAGGCCAUGUAUUCGCAGGUGCAACUUUGCCAUUCGGUAUGGCAAAAGCCGUCGCCGAUACACAAGGCGAAAACCAAGCGGGAUUUGCCUGGGAUACAUCGGUUGUGACUGGUUUUUCCCACAUGCAUGACUCUGGCACCGGUGGUUCUCCCUCGCUGGGAAACUUCCCGAUUUUCGCACAACCAUCAUGUCCAAACGACGAUAUAAACCAAUGCAAAUGGCAGCAGAAUGAUCGAGCUGUUGCAUGGGAAAAAGAUUCGGUGGUGGCGGAUCCAGGAUACUUCAGUAUCUCGUUAACCAACGGCGUCAAGGCUGAAAUGACCACAACGAAUCGUUCUGCUCUGUAUCGAUUCACCUUUGACGGCUCUGCCGAGUCCCUUAGCCCGGUGAUAUUAGUUGACCUGAUGGAUUUGCCCCAGUCGCGUUCAUCUGGUCAUGCUUCCGUGAACCCCAAUACGGGACGAUUGACAGGUAAUGGCACAUUCAGUCCCAGUUUUGGAAUCGGUAGCUACAAUCUCCAUUUCUGUGUCGAUUUCAAGGGUGCCGACCUGCGGAAUACCGGCGUCUGGUCGAGAAACCGGGCCAACUAUACCGUUGAGAACGUGAUGCUCACAGCUGACGGGACCGACUCGGCUGCUACCCUCUCCGCUGGUACUUUUGCCCAGUUCAAGAGCCCAGAGAACAAAGAGAUGCUAGCCCGCGUCGGUGUGAGCUUUAUGGAUGUCAACCAAGCGUGUGCCAACGCUGAGCAGGAGCAACCCCACUUCGACUUCGAUGGUACCGUUGCCGUAGCCAAGUCUGCCUGGAAGACGAAGCUCGAUGUCAUUUCAGUUGAUGCAGAGGGUGUUUCCAAAGACCUGCAGGAGGUCUUCUGGAGUGGCGCCUACCGAACUAUGAUCAGUCCUCAGGAUUACACGGGCGAAAAUCCUCUUUGGCAAAGCGACGAGCCUUACUACGACAGCUACUACUGUAUCUGGGACUCAUACCGCAGCAUUCACCCCCUUCUUACAUUGCUGGACCCCCUUUCGCAGUCUUUGAUGAUGCGCAGUCUUGUCGAUAUCUACCGAAACGAAGGCUUCUUACCCGAUUGCCGAAUGUCUCUCUGUAAGGGCUACACUCAGGGUGGCUCUAAUGCAGACGUACUGAUGGCCGAUGCCUUCUUGAAGAAGGUGCCAGGUAUAGACUGGGACACUGCUUACGAGGCUGUUGUCAAGGACGCCGAGGUCGAACCUGAGAACUGGGAUAUCGAAGGCCGUGGCGGACUGCAUAGCUGGAAAGAUCUUGGAUUUAUCCCGACUGAUGACUAUGACCCAUAUGGGACAGGCACACAUACUCGGUCUAUUUCCAGGACUGUAGAGUAUGCGUAUAAUGACUUCUGCAUUGCCGAAAUUGCUAAAGCGAGAGGCAAAGAAGCCGAUUAUGAGAAGUACCUGGCGCGCUCUGGUAACUGGAUCAACAUGUUCAAAGCCAACCAAAAAUCGAGCAUCAACGGCGUCGACACUGGUUUUACCGGAUUCUUGCAGCCUCGCUAUAUGAAUGGCACCUGGGGUUCUCAGGACCCCAGCUUCUGCAGCCCACUGCUGAACUUCACUUCCUGUUACCUGAACCCUACCGGCCACGAGACCUAUGAAGGAAGCGCCUGGCUUUAUACUUUCUAUGCUCCGCAUGACAUGGGUUCCUUGAUCAAGACACUGGGAGGCGCAGAGGAGUUCACCAAGCGACUAACCUUCCUUCACGAGUCAGGCCUGCUUUACGUCGGGGACGAGCAGGCUUUUUUGACCAUUUUCCAAUUUCACUACUCUGGACGUCCCGCGCUUUCGGCCAAAUACAGCCAUUUCUAUAUUCCGUCUCAAUUCAACACCACCACCGCUGGUAUCGCGGGCAACGAUGACAGUGGAGCGAUGGGUUCUUUCGUGGUACUAAGCAUGAUGGGUUUGUGGCCUGUUCCUGGACAGGACGUCUACCUCAUCACCCCUCCGUACUUCAAGGAAGUGAGCAUCACCAACCCCAUCUCUGGCAAGGUUUCCACUAUUAGAAACGUCAACUUUGAUCCUGGCUAUAAGUCCAUCUAUAUCCAGACCGCGAAGUUGAAUGGCAAGCCAUGGUCCAAGAACUGGCUCACCCAUGACUUCUUUAUUGAAGGUGGUGUCUUGGAGUUGGAGCUAGGAGAGAAGGAGAGCGAAUGGGGAACUCAUGUUGAAGAUCUCCCUCCCAGCGUUAGCAGCUAUCAGUGA